CCGAAAAUCAAAAGCAAUCUAAGAAAAACUAUAGAGUGUGAGAAUUCUAGACAUAGUUAGAGAGCAAGAGAGAAAGUAUGGGUCGAUCGAGACUAUUGUCGUGUUCAAUAGUGUCAAUGUUAUUAUUAGUAACGUUGAUCAUGGUAAUGGUGAAUGAGAGUUGCUCCGCAAGAAGAGAAUUUACAUCAAAAAAUAGUAAAGAAGCAAAUACUAUUGACUAUGCAGAUGCUUUAACAAAAAGUAUUUUGUUUUUCGAAGGACAACGAUCUGGAAAAUUACCUGGAAAUCAAAGAAUGACAUGGAGGAAAGAUUCUGCUCUCAAUGAUGGUUCAUUAAUUGGGGUUGAUCUUUCGGGAGGAUACUACGAUGCUGGGGAUAACAUAAAGUUUAAUUUUCCUAUGGCGUUCACAACAACAAUAUUAGCAUGGAGUAUAUUGGAGUUCGGCCAACUCAUGGGUCCUGAUCUACAAUAUGCUAUGGAUGCAAUAAAAUGGUCAACAGAUUAUUUUAUCAAAUGCACGAAUAACGCCGACGUGAUUUACGUUCAAGUUGGGGAACCUUAUAGUGAUCAUGGUUGUUGGGAUAGGCCGGAGGAUAUGGACACUGAUCGAAUGGCAUAUGCUAUUAACACGACCCGUCCUGGUUCUGAGGUUUCAGCAGAAAUGGCUGCUGCAUUAGCAGCUUCCUCCAUUGUCUUUAAGUCUAGCGACCCUGGUUACUCUAAAACACUUCUCGACAGGGCAACACAGGUAUUUAACUUUGCGAAUACAUACCAAGGAAAUUAUAAUGAUUGUCUGAAGCCUUUUGUUUGCCCUUUCUAUUGCGAUUGGAGUGGUUUCCUGGAUGAAUUGGCAUGGGGUGCUCUGUGGCUAUACAAGGCAACCCAUCAACCUAGCUAUUUGGAUAUCCUCAGCAUGAAUAUAAAAAAAAUGAAAUCCACAAAUUACGUUGCUUAUGCUCAUGAAUUUGGUUGGGAUAAUAAGGAUGCUGGCAUCAAUGUACUCGCUACCGUUGAGUUGCUUUCGAAUGGAUCGUCACUCUCCAAUUAUUUAUCCAACGAUGGAGAGGAAUACCGCUUACAUGCUGAUGAAUUUGUUUGCGGUAUAUUGCCGGAAAAUCCCACUAGUGUAAAUUAUUCGCAAGGUGGGUUAAUGCACAAAAAGGUUGGAAGCAAUAUGCAAGUCGCAGGAGCGAUUUCGUUUCUUACUCUUGUCUAUGCUCUCCAUUUAGACGGUGCCCAACAAGCCAUUCAGUGUCCCGACGGAACUCAUGUUACUCCACAAAAAAUGGUUUCCAUUGCAAAGAGCCAAGUGGAUUACAUUUUGGGAAAUAAUCCAUUGGGCAUGUCAUAUAUGGUGGGAUACAGUAACAAGUUCCCAACUAGAAUACAUCAUCGUGCAUCAUCAAUGCCAUCGCUCGAUCAACAUCCUGAGCAGAUGCACUGUAAAGAUGGGACGCCCUACUUCGAAACCUCAAAUCCUAAUCCAAAUUUGCUGAUAGGAGCUGUAGUUGGAGGACCAGAUAUGAACGAUCAAUUUGCCGAUGCUCGGGUUGAAUUUACUGCAUCAGAACCAACAACUUACAUCAAUGCGCCUCUAACCGGGCUAUUCGCUUACUUUGCUCACAAUACUUAACUAAAUAUGCUAAAUCCGAUCAUAUCUAUUCUUUCUCCAAUGUCGUUUUGUAUGCGCCAUUAACUCUUAUGAUUUGAGUUUUAAAUGAAUAAUUACAAUAAACUUUUGAA